CACCACUCUAAAGGAAUACCGUCACCGCCACGCGAGAGCCUUUCGCCAGUAAAGGAUACGGUUCAACCAAAGAUUCCUGUCCAAGAUCAACAUUUCAGUCACGAAGCACAGAAUAAGGACAUAAAAGAGCAGGUUCAUGUUGCUCGAACCAGUCAGACCAGUACGGAUAAGAAAGCUUCACCCAACGAUACUCUUGAAACGUACAAGGCCAAAUAUCCCUACCAAGCUGAGGAUCUAGAAACAAUGCUUGAAAGACUACAAGCUCUCAAAAACUUUGUUGAUAAAAAUUUAAAUGAUCUUGAAGACUAUGCCAAGGUGGGUAGGCAGACAAUCCACCGUUUAUUUGUUACAAGCGUCCACACAUAUGAAUCCACUGGGACUCAAGAGGAAAAACAAUUCAUCACACUUAUGGAAUUCACGAUUGAUGUCGGUGGCGCUGAACAAUUGAAACUUUUCGUACAGCAUUGCUAUAAGAAAUUCAGCUACCUUAUUAAAGAAGAGUCCGACGAUGAAGAUUCCGUCGAUAAGGAAGAACCUAACGACAAUAAAAAGUCCGACGAAGAAGAAGAACCUAACGACAAGGAAGAGUCCGACGAUGAAGAAGAACCUAACGACAAUGGAGUGUCCGACGAUGAAGAAGAAACUGAGGACUACACAUGUUACGAUUGUCUAUGUAGUACUCUAGGGGUAAUACAAAACUUCUCAGACUUUCACCAAGGUUUUUGCUCAGCGUGUGCGCGUGCAGGUAUCAUUUCAAUGUGCUUUGAAAUCAUAAAACAAAUUGAUGCUGAAAAUUCCAACUGGGAAGAGAAAGACUUGCGGCUAAUUGCAAUAAUUGACAGUUCUGUUGGAAUUCUGCAUAACAUUUCACGGCGAGUAAGGGACCGUGAGCUGUUUGCUAACCGUGAGCAAACUUUGCUUUACUUUGCUAAGAAAAACGUUCCAACAAUUGCAGCCCUAUCUCUGCUAACUCUAGCAUAUUUAGUCGAUGAAAACACGAAUCACCUCAUUUUGGCGGAUGAGAACUUGCUUAGCUUUCUAAUAACAUUAUUAGAUGAGGCAUGGCAGUCGGAAGAUCGACGUUCGACCGCCCUAUUUUCUGCAAAGGAACUCGCAGAAGGCCUUAGCCACCUGGCCAUCAACGACGCCAAUAAGAAUAUUCUGGGACAAAACGGUAUCAUUCCUGUUUUGAUUUCGGUGAUCAAAACGUCGAACGAGGAUGAGGAGAAGGCCAGUGCUACAAGAGCAUUGUGGAUGUUAGCCUUUGAUGACAAUAACAAAAAAGAAAUACGUCAAGAAGAAGGGGCUAUGGACAUCUUACACCAGUUACAGCAGAGCGAGAACCCAGAAGUGCAGAAAGCUGCUGCAGGUGCAUUGUGGGAAAUCGAAGGGAAGACAGCUAGGCACUUAGAGAGGAUCGAAUCGACCGGGAAUCACGUGAUGAUCAGCUACCAAUGGGAUUCCCAGGAAGUGCUCGUCGAAGUGAAAAACAGGCUUCAAGCAAGUGGAUACAGAGUAUGGAUGGAUCUGGAGCAGAUGGGAGGAUCGACCUUGGAGACAAUGGCUAAAGCUGUGGAGAACUCUUCUGUCGUCCUCGUCUGUGUCUCGGAACGAUACAAGGAGAGUCCUAACUGUCGUUCAGAGGCCGAGUACACGUAUAAGUUAGGAAAGGAUAUUAUUCCACUGAUGAUGCAACGCAACUACAAACCAGACGGUUGGCUGGGAAUGCUUCUGGGAACGAAGUUUUGGAUUGAUUUCCACAGCAAACACAUUGUAAAAACAGGAGUAACAAAACUUAUUAAAGAACUAGGAGGAAGAGGAAAGGAUGUUGACGUGACAGAUGGACCAUCCGAGCCAGUGGUGCAAGCAGUUCAAGCUGUUGCCACUUUGCCCUCAUCCCUUGGAGUGUCUACCUGGACUAAUGAAGAGGUUAAACAGUGGUUCAAAGAAAUCGGAUUAGAAAAGGUUUGUAAGGAAGACAUUUCGAGGAUGAAUGGACAGUCACUGACUGAUCUUCAGAAAUUACGCGAGGAAUGCCCCGAGUAUUUCUACAGAUGUUUAGAAAGGGACUUGAACUUGACGAACAUGGUAGAUAUAUUCACAUUUACGAAGGGGCUGGGGGAGCUGUGUUAA